CCUUCUUCCCACCUCCCUCUUCAGUCUUCUCACAAUCCUCUGAACAUUCCCAACUCCCGAAUCUCAACUUUCUCUCACAAAACAUUCCCCCGCCCUAAAAGAACCCGAAAUGUUGAAGCUUCUCUCUUCUUCCCGCAAUCUCCACGCCCACAUCGCUUCCCCAUGCCUCCGAGCUACUCCUGCUCCCAGCUCCGGCGGAGCUUCUGGGUCGUCGAGCCCUUUGCUCAGAGCACUCAAUUCGAUUGCUGAAUUGAGCAGGGGAAGCUCCAGCAGGCAUCCCAAUUUCUUCCGCAGGGCUUUCUUCUGCUCGGAUUCUUCCUCCUCGGGCGGCGACGGAACCGGCCGCGGGGUGCUGGUUGAGGUUGCACUAAAGGGGGACGACAGCGAUGCCGACGCCGGAGAUUCCAGCAAUAGCUCCUCCGCCAUUGUCCCUACUAAUCCGAGACCCGAGGACUAUCUAACGGUAUUGGCACUUCCAUUGCCUCAUAGACCUUUGUUCCCUGGUUUCUAUAUGCCUAUUAAUGUUAAGGAUCCCAAACUGAUGGCUGCAUUACAAGAAGCACGGAAAAGACAAGCCCCAUAUGCUGGUGCUUUUCUCCUCAAAGAGGAGCCGGGCUCUGAUCCCAAUGUGGUAUCUGGUUCAGAGUCGGAGAAGAGCCCGGACAGUCUCAAAGGGAAAGAUCUUUAUAAUCGUCUUCAUGAAGUUGGAACACUAGCCCAGAUUUCAACUAUUCAGGGAGAGCAGGUUGUUCUUAUUGGUCACAGGCGACUUCGGAUAACAGAGAUGGUCAGCGAAGAACCACUUACUGUGAAGGUUGAUCAUAUCAAAGACAAACCUUAUAACAAGGAUGACGAUGUUGUUAAGGCGACAUCAUUUGAAGUUAUAUCAACCCUUAGAGAUGUUCUAAAAUCGAGUUCCCUAUGGAGAGAUCAUGUCCAGACUUACACUCAGCAUAUAGGUGACUUUAAUUAUUCAAGGUUAGCUGAUUUUGGGGCUGCAAUCUCUGGAGCAAACAAGUUGCAGUGCCAGGAAGUGCUUGAGGAGUUAGAUGUGCAUAAUAGGCUGAGGCUUACCCUUGAGUUGGUGAAGAAAGAAAUGGAGAUAACCAAAAUCCAGGUAUUCGACAAUAGACUCACUGUUUGGGGUAGGUGUUGAAGUUUACUGUCAAUGAUUCAGUUCCCACUUGGUAAAUUUUUUAUCCCAAAUCCAGGAAUCGAUUGCGAGGGCGAUUGAAGAAAAGAUUAGCACUGAGCAGAGGCGUUACUUAUUGAAUGAGCAGCUUAAGGCCAUAAAGAAGGAAUUGGGGCUAGAGACAGAUGACAAGACUGCUCUUUCUGCAAAGUUUAGGGAAAGGAUUGAAGAAAACAAAGAACACAUACCGGCUCCUGUUUUGCAAGUGAUACAAGAAGAGCUAACAAAACUACAGCUUCUAGAGGCGAGUUCGAGUGAAUUCAAUGUCACUCGAAAUUACUUGGAUUGGUUGACUGCGUUGCCUUGGGGAAAUUACAGUGAUGAGAACUUUGAUGUCCUCCAUGCACAACAAAUUCUCGAUGAGGACCAUUAUGGUUUAUCUGAUGUCAAGGAAAGGAUAUUGGAAUUUAUAGCUGUUGGGAAGCUACGAGGAACUGCACAAGGGAAAAUCAUUUGUCUCUCUGGCCCACCUGGGGUGGGUAAAACCAGCAUUGGCAAGUCAAUUGCACGGGCCUUGAACCGCAAAUUCUUCCGGUUUUCAGUUGGUGGCUUAUCUGAUGUUGCCGAGAUUAAGGGCCAUCGCCGGACCUAUAUUGGUGCAAUGCCAGGAAAAAUGGUGCAAUGCCUGAAGAAUGUUGGAACUGCUAACCCUCUUGUCCUGAUUGACGAGAUUGACAAGCUGGGGAGGGGCCAUUCUGGUGAUCCAGCAAGUGCUAUGUUGGAGCUUCUUGAUCCGGAGCAAAAUGCCAACUUUCUCGAUCACUAUUUGGAUGUUCCAAUUGACCUUUCAAAGGUUCUAUUUGUGUGCACUGCAAAUGUUGUCGAUACGAUACCAACUCCUCUUUUGGACAGAAUGGAGGUCAUCGCUAUAGCUGGUUAUAUCACCGACGAAAAGAUGCAUAUUGCCAGAGAUUACUUGGAGAAGUCCACACGUGAUGCAUGUGGCAUCAAGCCUGAACAGGUUGAAAUGACUGAUGCUGCUCUUCUUACCCUUAUUGAGAGCUACUGCCGAGAAGCUGGGGUCAGGAAUCUUCAGAAGCAAAUCGAGAAGAUCUACCGAAAGAUUGCCUUGCAACUUGUACGAAAAGGAGUCCAAGGUGAAGCUCCAGUUUCGGGAGUUCAGAUUAUUCAGGAUGGAGAAGCAACUGAAGAAAAAGCCGAUGAUGCUGGGAAUAUAUCUUCGGAAUCUGUUGAAGCAAAUGUCGAAGGACAAACUGAGGUGACAAUUCUUGAAGCAGACAUUGUGCAGGCUGAGAGCUCGUCCAAUCAAGAUUCUAAUCCCACAGAUCAAUCUACAGAUUUAAAGGACUCGUUGGAAACUGAGAAACAGGAGGAAAGCGAAUCGACUUCAACAGUUGAGAAGGUCUUGGUGGACAAAUCAAACCUGACGGAUUAUGUUGGGAAGCCUGUUUUCCACGCCGAGCGAAUCUACGACCAGACUCCAUCUGGCGUAGUCAUGGGUCUUGCCUGGACCGCAAUGGGAGGGUCCACAUUGUACAUAGAGACCACUCUCGUCGAGCAAGGAGAAGGCAAAGGAGCCCUUCAGCUCACCGGCCAACUGGGAGACGUCAUGAAAGAGAGCGCCCAGAUCGCACACACAUAUGCGAGAGCAGCACUGCUCGAGAAAGAACCAGACAACCAAUUCUUUGCCAACACGAAACUCCACCUUCACGUGCCAGCUGGUGCCACCCCAAAGGAUGGACCCAGCGCCGGGUGUACCAUGAUCACAUCCCUGCUCUCUGUGGCAAUGGAGAAGCCCGUGCGGAAAGAUCUCGCGAUGACUGGAGAAGUCACAUUGACUGGAAAAGUCCUUCCUAUUGGUGGGGUGAAGGAGAAGACGAUUGCAGCUAGAAGGAGUGGUGUGAAGACAAUCAUAUUCCCGUCAGCUAACAGGAGGGACUUUGACGAGCUUUCGCCUCAGGUUAAGGAAGGGCUUGAUGUCCACUUUGCGGACCAUUACAGCCAGAUAUAUGAAUUGGCCUUUGACUUUGAUCAGAACUAGUAGAUAAAGUAAUGCACAGAUUCUUUAAGUCUUCUGGGUCUUCUCAUAUACACAUUCUUGCACAAGCUUUUCAUUGGCCAGAAGAAGAAAAAAAAAACCCAGUUUUGUGCCAUUAGAUACAUCGUUGACUACUGACAGUUUUCUGAAGUGUAUGCUGCUGAAAUACAAGCCAUUCCCCCAACCCAGAAACAUUGUUUGGUAGUUGGUAUUGGUUGGAACUUUGUUAGUGUUUGGAUGCAUAGAGAUUAGAAUAGACAGAGAGAAAGGGAAGUUCUUUUUGUGAUGGAACAAGUUGUAAUGAAUUUUAAUUCCUUUUGCUUUCGUUUUCUGUUCAUUGCUGGUUUGCCAUGCGUGGAAAUAAGAGGCUCCAAGAUUAUCCUAUCCAUCAUCCAACAGGCGGAAACUUUCUGGUCAUCAUUGGACAGUUAUGCAGUGGGUUGGUGGUGGAAGCUCUCUACUCGUUAGUCAUAUGAGUGAAGUGAGCCUUUCACAUUUCUCUUGAUUUGCGAAUCAUUGGAAUUCCCUUUUGACUUUGUAACACAGACUGCAAGACGAUGAUUGAGAUGUGGAUACAGAACUCAAGAACACAAUAGAGAAUGAACUGAUGAGGAUUGUGUAUGGCAAGUUGCUUUCUUUAAUCCGUAAAAUUUACAUAAAAAAAUAUAUAUAAAUUGCUCAAAAUAUCAAAUUGUAUAUGUCGGAAUGGAAGAGAAUGUAAAUACAAGAAGAAGCACAUGAC